GGCAAGCGAGUCAUUGUUCAGGCAGCACAAAACAUUCCCGGUCCUCAAACCAGAAUUGAACUCCAAAAUCACUUUUUCUCCUUGGUGAAUUGCUAACGGAGCUUCCAAGGAAACUUGAACGUAACUUCAAAAGAAGAUUUGAUUUUUUUGUAUCUGGAUCACGUAUAUACAGCAAGACCGUCAGAAUGUCGGGAGCCUCAGUGAAGGUGGCUGUCCGCGUGCGGCCCUUCAAUUCUCGAGAGACCAGCAAAGAGUCCAAGUGCAUCAUUCAGAUGCAAGGCAACUCCACCAGUAUUGUUAACCCAAAGAACCCAAAGGAAGCUCCAAAGUCCUUCAGCUUUGACUACUCCUACUGGUCUCACACCUCGCCAGAAGAUCCCUGUUUUGCAUCUCAAAACCGAGUGUACAAUGAUAUUGGAAAGGAAAUGCUCUUACAUGCUUUCGAGGGAUAUAAUGUCUGUAUUUUUGCCUAUGGGCAGACUGGUGCUGGGAAAUCUUACACGAUGAUGGGUAAACAAGAAGAAAGCCAGGCUGGCAUCAUUCCACAGCUGUGUGAAGAACUAUUUGAGAAAAUCAAUGACAACUGUAAUGAAGACAUGUCUUACUCUGUAGAGGUGAGCUACAUGGAAAUUUACUGUGAAAGGGUACGCGAUUUGCUGAAUCCAAAAAACAAGGGUAAUUUGCGCGUGCGUGAGCACCCACUUCUUGGCCCGUAUGUGGAGGAUCUGUCAAAGUUGGCAGUCACUUCCUACACAGACAUUGCUGACCUCAUGGAUGCUGGGAACAAAGCCAGGACAGUGGCAGCUACCAACAUGAAUGAAACAAGUAGCCGUUCCCACGCUGUGUUUACAAUUGUUUUCACCCAGAAGAAACAUGACGCCGAGACCAACCUUUCCACUGAGAAGGUCAGUAAGAUCAGCUUGGUGGAUCUAGCGGGAAGUGAACGAGCUGACUCAACUGGUGCCAAAGGGACUCGAUUAAAGGAAGGAGCAAAUAUUAAUAAGUCUCUUACAACUCUGGGCAAAGUCAUUUCAGCCUUGGCAGAGGUGAGUAAGAAGAAGAAGAAAACUGAUUUUAUUCCCUACAGGGAUUCUGUACUUACUUGGCUCCUUCGAGAAAAUCUAGGUGGCAAUUCUCGGACUGCCAUGGUUGCUGCCCUGAGCCCAGCAGAUAUCAACUAUGAUGAAACUUUGAGCACUCUGAGGUAUGCAGAUCGUGCAAAGCAGAUUAAAUGCAAUGCUGUUAUCAAUGAGGACCCCAAUGCCAAGCUGGUCCGUGAACUAAAGGAGGAGGUGACGCGGCUGAAGGAUCUUCUUCGUGCUCAGGGCCUGGGAGACAUCAUCGAUAUUGAUCCAUUGAUCGAUGAUUUCUCUGGAAGUGGAGGCAAAUCGUCCAUGGGGUCCCUUACUUCAUCUUCAUCUUCCUGCUCACUCAAUAGUCAGGUGGGCUUAACAUCUGUGACCAGUAUUCAGGAGAGGAUCAUGUCUACCCCCGGAGGAGAGGAAGCCAUCGAACGUCUGAAGGAGUCUGAGAAGAUCAUUGCUGAGUUGAAUGAAACCUGGGAAGAGAAGCUGCGUAAAACAGAGGCCAUCAGAAUGGAGAGAGAGGCCUUGUUGGCUGAGAUGGGCGUUGCCAUCCGGGAAGAUGGAGGAACCCUGGGCGUUUUCUCACCUAAAAAGACCCCACAUCUCGUUAACCUCAAUGAGGACCCACUAAUGUCGGAAUGCCUGCUUUAUUACAUCAAGGAUGGACUUACAAGGGUCGGCCAGGCGGAUGCCGAGAGGCGCCAGGACAUCGUGCUGAGUGGGGCGCACAUUAAAGAAGAGCAUUGUGUCUUCCGGAGCGAGAGGAGCGACAGCGGGGAUGUUAUCGUGACGCUAGAGCCCUGUGAACGCUCAGAAACCUACGUAAAUGGCAAGAGGGUGGCCCAGCCUGUUCAGCUGCGUUCAGGAAACCGUAUCAUCAUGGGUAAAAACCACGUGUUUCGUUUUAACCACCCCGAGCAAGCACGGGCUGAGCGGGAGAAGACACCCUCUGCCGAGACCCCCUCUGAGCCUGUGGACUGGACGUUUGCCCAGAGAGAGCUUCUGGAAAAACAGGGGAUUGAUAUGAAACAGGAGAUGGAGAAAAGGUUACAGGAAAUGGAGAUCCUGUACAAAAAGGAGAAAGAGGAAGCAGACCUUCUCCUGGAGCAGCAGAGACUGGACUAUGAGAGUAAGUUGCAGGCCUUGCAGAAGCAGGUGGAGACUCGGUCCCUUGCUGCAGAAACAACCGAAGAGGAAGAGGAGGAGGAAGAAGUUCCUUGGACACAGCACGAGUUCGAGCUGGCCCAGUGGGCCUUCCGGAAGUGGAAGUCUCACCAGUUCACUUCGUUGAGGGACUUACUCUGGGGCAACGCCGUGUACCUGAAGGAGGCCAACGCCAUCAGCGUGGAGUUGAAGAAGAAGGUGCAGUUUCAGUUUGUUCUCCUGACUGACACGUUGUACUCGCCUUUACCUCCUGAAUUACUUCCCACUGAGAUGGAAAAAACUCAUGACGACAGGCCUUUCCCUCGCACGGUGGUGGCGGUCGAAGUCCAGGAUCUGAAGAAUGGAGCAACUCAUUAUUGGUCUUUGGAGAAACUCAAGCAGAGGCUGGAUUUGAUGCGAGAGAUGUACGACAGGGCGGGCGAGAUGGCCUCGGGUGCCCCGGAGGAGAGUGAAGCUGCUAUGACCGGCAGCGAUCCAUUUUACGAUCGGUUCCAUUGGUUCAAACUCGUAGGAAGCUCCCCCAUUUUCCAUGGCUGUGUGAAUGAGCGCCUUGCCGACCGCACACCCUCCCCCACUUUUUCCACGGCCGAUUCCGACAUCACUGAGCUGGCUGACGAGCAGCAAGAUGAGAUGGAGGAUUUUGAUGAUGAGGCAUUCGUGGAUGACACCGGCUCUGACGCGGGGAUGGAGGAGGGAUCAGAUCUCUUCAGUGACGGGCAUGACCCGUUUUACGACCGAUCCCCAUGGUUCAUUUUAGUGGGAAGGGCAUUCGUUUACCUGAGCAAUCUGCUGUACCCCGUGCCCCUGAUCCACAGGGUGGCCAUCGUCAGCGAGAAGGGCGAAGUGCGGGGCUUUCUGCGUGUGGCUGUGCAGGCCAUUGCAGCGGAUGAAGAAGCUCCUGAUUAUGGCUCUGGAAUCCGCCAGUCAGGAACAGCUAAAAUAUCUUUUGAUAACGAGUACUUUAAUCAGAGCGACUUUUCUUCAGUUGCGAUGACUCGUUCUGGUCUGUCCUUGGAAGAGCUGAGGAUUGUGGAAGGACAGGGUCAGAGUACGGAGGUCAUCACUCCGCCAGAAGAAAUCAACCGGAUGAAUGACUUGGAUUUGAAGUCCGGCACCCUGCUGGACGGGAAGAUGGUAAUGGAAGGCUUUUCCGAAGAGAUCGGCCACCACCUGAAACUGGGCAGUGCCUUCACGUUCCGUGUCACGGUGUUGCAGGCCAGCGGAAUCCUCCCAGAGUAUGCGGACAUCUUCUGUCAGUUCAACUUUUUGCAUCGCCAUGAUGAAGCAUUCUCCACCGAACCCCUCAAAAACAACGGCAGAGGAAGUCCCCUGGGCUUCUACCACGUGCAGAAUAUUGCAGUGGAGGUCACGGAAUCCUUUGUGGAAUACAUCAAAAGCAAGCCUAUAGUGUUUGAAGUCUUUGGGCAUUAUCAGCAGCACCCGCUUCACCUGCAAGGACAGGAGCUUAACAGUCCACCUCAGCCGUCUCGACGAUUCUUCCCUCCGCCCAUGCCACUGUCCAAGCCAGUUCCAGCCACCAAGUUAAACACCAUGAGCAAAACCAGCCUUGGCCAGAGCAUGAGCAAGUAUGAUCUUCUGGUUUGGUUUGAGAUCAGUGAAUUGGAGCCUACAGGAGAGUAUAUCCCAGCUGUGGUUGACCAUACAGCGGGCUUGCCCUGCCAGGGGACAUUUUUGCUUCACCAGGGCAUCCAGCGAAGGAUCACAGUGACCAUUAUCCACGAGAAGGGCAGUGAGCUCCACUGGAAGGAUGUCCGUGAGCUGGUGGUAGGCCGGAUUAGGAAUAAAGCUGAGGUGGAUGAAGCUGCAGUUGAUGCCAUCCUCUCCCUAAAUAUCAUCUCUGCCAAGUACCUGAAGUCCUCCCACAACUCCAGCAGGACUUUCUACCGUUUCGAGGCCGUGUGGGACAGCUCCCUGCAUAACUCCCUCCUUCUGAACCGAGUGACACCAUACGGAGAGAAGAUCUACAUGACCUUGUCAGCCUACCUAGAGCUGGAUCACUGCAUCCAGCCGGCUGUCAUCACCAAGGACGUGUGCAUGGUCUUCUAUUCCCGGGACGCCAGGAUCUCGCCGCCCCGCUCUCUGCGCAGCCUCUUUGGCAGUGGCUACUCGAAGUCGCCAGACUCCAAUCGAGUCAGUGGAAUUUAUGAACUCAGUUUAUGCAAAAUGGCAGACACAGGUAGUCCAGGCAUGCAGAGGAGGAGAAGAAAAAUCUUGGAUACGUCAGUGGCGUACGUGCGGGGAGAGGAGAACUUAGCCGGCUGGCGGCCCCGUGGGGACAGCCUUAUCCUUGAGCACCAGUGGGAGCUGGAGAAGCUGGAGCUCCUGCACGAGGUGGAGAAAACCCGCCACUUCCUGCUGCUGCGUGAGAGACUUGGUGACAGCAUCCCCAAAUCCCUGAGCGACUCGUUGUCCCCCAGCCUCAGCAGUGGGACCCUCAGCACCUCCACCAGCAUCUCCUCCCAGAUCUCAACCACCACCUUUGAAAGCGCCAUCACUCCCAGUGAGAGCAGUGGCUACGACUCAGCAGACAUCGAAAGCCUGGUGGAUCGAGAGAAAGAGCUGGCUACCAAGUGCCUGCAGCUUCUCACCCACACUUUCAACCGAGAAUUUAGCCAGGUGCACGGCAGCAUCAGUGACUGUAAGCUGUCUGAUGUCUCCCCAAUCGCUCGGGAUCCCUCCGUGUCCAGUUUCAGCAGCGCUACCCUCACCCCUUCGUCCACCUGCCCGUCGCUGGUAGACUCUAGGAGCAGCUCUCUGGAUCAAAAGACCCCAGAAGCCAAUUCCCGGGCCUCCAGUCCCUGCCCAGAAUUCGAGCAGUUUCAGAUUGUCCCAGUGGUGGAAACACCCUAUUUGGCCCGAGCGGGAAAGAAUGAAUUUCUCAAUCUUGUUCCAGAUAUUGAAGAAAUUAGACCAGGCUCAGUGGUUUCUAAGAAAGGGUACCUGCAGUUCAAGGAGCCGCUUUCCAGCAACUGGGCUAAACAUUUCGUUGUGGUCCGUCGCCCUUAUGUCUUCAUCUAUAACAGUGACAAAGAUCCAGUGGAGCGUGGCAUCAUUAACCUGUCCACAGCGCAGGUGGAAUACAGUGAGGACCAGCAGGCCAUGCUGAAGACGCCUAACACCUUUGCCGUAUGCACGAAGCACCGUGGGGUCCUUUUGCAGGCUCUCAAUGACAAAGACAUGAAUGACUGGUUAUAUGCCUUUAACCCCCUUCUUGCUGGCACAAUACGGUCAAAACUCUCCCGCAGAUGCCCCAGCCAGCCGAAGUUCUGACUGCCGAGCGCCCCCACUCGCCUUCCAGAGAUAAAGUGUUACCUCUCAUGCCCCUCGUGAUUCUUGCCGGUUACUCUUGUGUGUAGUCCUGUGGCCUGACUACUUUCCCUCCUCGUCCAGCACUUUUUCUAGCUCCUGUUCCCCAGCUCCAUUGCUCUGUACUCUUUCUUUUUUCCUGUGCUGAGAACCUUGUUAGUAGCAUGUGGCCUAACAAAAGGGGGGAAAAAAACCAACAAAAAAACAAAACCCGGAGGGGAUCCAGCGAAUCUCCAGAUUAUUUUUUAGUGUAUUUUGGCUUCCUUUUGUAUGAUGCGUCCUCAUGGUUACCACCCCUGGUGUCUGUACCGCUGUCUCUGGAUAUCUGUCUUUUUUUCAAAACGACAGAAUUCUUUUCUUCUUUUCUAUAUUCGUGAUAUCACUUUAAUUUUUCUUGGGUGGCUUAGAGACAAAGGAGGAGACAUCUAGCUUUUUAGAACCUGAGAGGAAAAAAUCUUACCUUCUUUCUUUCUGUCGCUUUUUCCAUCACUAAUCCCUGCGUUUUCCAUUUAGGGAAAAGGUCGUGGUGAGCUUGGAAAUGGGACGGGCGUAGUCUCUGAAAUCGGGGCUCGUUGAGAACACAGUUACGCACUUUCCGGUUAGUGGGAGAGAAGAGAGGACUUUUUAGCAGCCUGGGACGGUGGCUGCUGCAGACCUUGUAGGAAGGGAGGAGCUGAGGAUAUGGCUGGUGGGUUUCGAAGGAUCGUAGGGUCCGGCGGUGGGCCGUGAAGGCGGGCGGUCAGCAGCCUGUUUCCAGUCGCUCACUGUGAACUGUUUUUCUCAUGGCGGGGGCGGGGGGGGGGAGGAGGAGCCUCUCAGAGUUUCUCAGGUCUGUUCUUGGCUUUAGCCAUGACGGUGGCUCAGUUUGGAAUUAGUGCGAUGUCAUACACAAAUGUCCCACAAGAGGGCAGUGUUUCACUUCUGAUGAAGAACUUGAUGGUCAUUGUUAUUAUAAUUAUGGUAAUGCUGAGUAAUGACCUUGUGAUUAUUAGCUUCUUUAGAUCAAAGAAAUGUAGCUUUCAGGUAUAAACUUGGAAGUCUUUGCUGAAGCCAGUGGUCAUUUUCAAUAAUCCUUGUGAAAUUGAAAGAAUCAGUGAUGCCUGCCCUUUAUAUUCUUAAAUAAACAAACAUGGCAGGCUUUGCUUUCUGGAUCCCAGGAUUAAAACCAACCCCCUCCACCACUGGAAAUAAAAUGAAAGGACAUCUUGGGACAGAAAAGAGGGUCCGCCUGAGCCCAGGCCUCGGUGUUUUUGUUGCUUUAUCUGCCUGGUCCAGCUUCCUCCUCGGUUUUCUCCCUGCCCGAGGAGAAAGGAAGAGCCUCCGACCAAAGGUCAGUCUCCUCCUCUGACAGAACAGGGUAGGCCGCUUCCAGAGGCCGCUGGGAAGAUACUCUUUCUCUCUCAGCUGCCGGUGAGUUUUACGGGAAGGACGUGGAGGAAGAAGGCCUGCGUUAACUUCACUUGCUUUGCCAGUCGACUUGGGUUGUUUCGUGCCAUCCUGUACUACCCCUGCACACAGUCCCCUGUUUGACCAUCCCGCAGGCAUUCCGGAAAGUAUCUGACCGCUCCCACUUUGUGGAGACAGGGCCUUUGGCCUUGAGGUUGCUGACUCGGGUGCUAAGGAACUGAUGACUUUGCUUCCGGUGGCAAAGGGCAAGGGCCCGUGCACUCUGCAGGACAGGUGCUGAGUGGACUCGUCUCUGAGAAGAGGGCCCCCAGCUUCACCCAGUAAAACUGGCUGCAGAGAGGAGGAAAAGUGAGUCACAGAGAGCUUAAUAGAAGAAAGGACAGAAAUCACAGGCUGUGACCUUGUCGGAAAAGUGAUCAAGAAAACUCUAGUAGAUUUUUAAAAACUUUUUUCUUCUUAAAACAUAGGUCACUAACUGUAUUGUUAUUUGUUUUCUAAGUGAUAUGUAAGAUUUUUAACGUAGUUAGAGGUUUCUUCAUUGUCUAAUGGACACAAUAUGCCCUUCUGGUGUAUACUCAAAUCUAGGGUCUGUCGGUGCUUAGAGACAGCUUCCUGGACUGGAAUUAAAUCUAAUUUCAGGGAAAUAAAGAUGAAAUUUGAAGGUUUCUUUUAGAAUUAAAUCAUGGAUGCUGCUGCUGUUAGGAAGCUGGACAGAAGGGUCCAUGUCCGCGACGAAGGCGAGGAAGGCCGAGGGAGCGUAAAAUCAUGUGAUACACUGAAACGACUUUUGCUUUUUCUUCUAACUCAAACAAAAGUGGCUUGGAAAGUCUUUGCUUUGGAGGCGUCAGGUACUAGAACAGGCCGAGCUGGAUUCUCACACGCCCAGGUGAGAAGGCCUCGUGAGGAAGCGGGGUUCUCGGAAGGUGUGCUUUCCACCACCUGAGGAGCCUCUGCGGUGACUGAUGGGCACAGGCAGCCCCUUUUGGUACCCCUCUUUCUUUAGGGCCCCAUCUGCAAAUUGGAGUUAGCACAGUGUCAGGGUCGAUGUUCCCUUUUCAGACAGACCCAUCUCUACUUUGAAGCUCUCAGAAAGGACUCAUGACAGGAACUAUUUAUGAGGCUUUAGCUGAAGCCAGAGUGGCAAGAAAGUUGAGGAGCGAACUUAACCUUUAAGGAAACCACUUUUUGAGGGUUUUUAAUUUAUUUUUCCCAAAGCACUACUUUAAACAAGCAAAAAAAAAAAAAAAAAAGCAAGACAGAGAACUCUUACAUUAAGGAGAAGUGAGUGCUAGUUAAAGCUAAUCAUCUCCUCCCCUUCCUCCCCCAUCUUUCUCUCUCCUGCCAGAGCAGAGCGUGGACUCACAGCCCACACAGACCCGUGCUCACCCACUCCCUUCCCUGCACCCACCCGCCUGGGGGUCAGUCAGCUCUCAGGCCGGGCCGUGCGGGGCCAGCCAGCCCCUGCCCACAGCCAGGGCUGCAGGGAAGGGCUGCUUCUGGCAGCCGAGCGGGCACCGGAAAUCCAGCACGUGGUCAAAACGUGUCGGCAGCGAGAGAAAGUGAUUUUUCCCAACUAGGAAACCACUAUCGUUUUAAAUGUACAUAUAUAGAUAUAUAUAUCUUUUUCCCCUUCAUCUUUGUAGAACUUAUGGAGAUACUCAUACUUUCAGUGAAUUUUUUCCAGCUCUUUCAAGAUGAAGGACACUAAGCUAAAUCAUUGGGAAAGGUCUUUUGGGAUCUAAAAAUGAAAUGACUUCUCCUGGCACAUGUUUCAAAGCAAAGACUUUGUUGCCUGCUGCUCGUUCUCUAAUUUACAGGGAUAUUUAAUUUUGUAAGGUAUUUGUAUAUUUAUACAGCUGUAACUAGUUGCGCAUGGGCCUGGAAGAGGAGGGCGGCCUGGCACGUGGCACCUGUCCGUACUGCCACCUCGUGCUGUGCCCGCUCGGCUCCCCCAGACAGUGGCAGGGCUCGUUCCUUCGUUCGUUCCACUUGGGUCUUUCUUUUUCUCUUUCGGUUCCCUUUUUAAAAUGUGAUUGUUAACCUGUUCCUUAAAAACAGUUCUAAUUCUGCUGCUGCUCUCAGAAGGUUUGCCGAAUGUAUUUUAAAUAGGACUCUGACUCGUGCGCACUGCAGAUGUCCUCAUGGCCAGACGCGAUUCACCCAGCGUGUGGCCAAAGCGUUGCUGUAUGAAGUGGGAAUGUACUGGUUUGUGUUUCCUCAGUAAACCGAGAGAUGAUCUGCUUUUGUUGUUCAAAAGGCCAUUUAUGAAAUUCAUAUUUGAGUCCCAUAAAAUCGUAAGAAAGCCUCUGAUCUUUUGAAGGAAGAAAUUAGAGUUGAUAUAAAUUUCAUGUGAAAAAUCACAGCCAAACGGCUCCUCUCAGAUGGAAAGUCUGAGCUGAGGUUGGUCUCUUGCCAAACCCUGGCUGUCAUGUGUUGUUUUCAUGUCUUCCGGUUAAUUUUUUUCAUGCUGCGUAUUCCGGCUUCAGUUCACCUGAGGACUCUCUCAGCUUCUCACAUGUAAGGCAUCGUCUUAGAUUUUGUGGCUCUAAAGUACUUGUCCGUUGAGGUUUCGAGUCCCUUGUCACCAUCCUCGUGCACUACAACAAAACCCAUGAAGCAUAAGUGGCCUUUUCGAACCAAGACUUUGCAAACUGAUCUCUCCCCAGAGAAGGAGGCGAGCACAUUAGCAACAAUGUACAUUAUUAAUUUCAGAUUUUCAUUUUCAUGUUUUAUUAUGUAAAUACCUGAUGUUUGGAGCUUGAGUAUACAGAAUGUAAAUAUAGUUCUUGUAUUUGUACUAAUUCUGGUUCUUCUGCUGUAUAGCCUUAGACGUGCAAUGCAGACAUUAUCUAACUGUGUAUGGUAACCUUGCAUCACAGAACUAUUAGUGAACGAGGUAAAAUAAUAAAGGUACAACCAGUGCAUCAGAA